AUGAUAGGAACUGCAACCCCAGAAGAGGUUCUUUCCCAUGCCCAUGCAACAUCUGAAUUUUUAUGCUCACUGAAUGCGAACAUCUUUGAUUUAAGAUUUGGGAGCUUCAGGCUGAGAGAUAUGGAUACCAAUACAAUUCUACUAGAUUUAGAAAGAGACUUCGAGCCUCAAACUGAAGAGUCAAGAUUUAUUAGUUAUAAUUUCCCUCCUGAGUUCUUAAAUUUGCAUACUAUCGGUUCUUUGAUUUAUUUCUCCAUAGGUGAAUAUCCAGUAUAGUUCAUGCACGCAUUUGGCGUGCCCUUAGACCUAGUUGAGAGCAGGAGCAGAAUCAUUGGCUUUUUAAACCAAUCUGACUAACCAAACUCGAUUUGGCAAAUAAAGCCCUAAUUGUUUGGUUUUGCCAAAUCGAGUUUAGCUCUUCAGAAUGGGACAGAAAAACCAACAGAUUUAUUACGGCUCCCAGCCAGCUCUAAGGGCACGCUAAAUGCGUGCACGAGCUAUAUCGAACUUCAGAAUGAUUGAAAGGCAUUAUUUCAAAGACAGAUUAGUGGAGAACUAUGAUUUCACUAUUGAUUUCAUGAUACCAAAUACUAUAAACUCAAGAGAGUUUAUUUACACUCUCCCAGAACUCUCAGAAGAGGAAAAAGCAGACAUAAUUCUGAGUCCUCGAGAGACUAAAUCAGAUAGCUUUUUCUUUGCUGAUGGGCAGCUUAUUAUGCAUGUCAGAGCAGAGUAUAACUAUUCAGGAUAA